GGGCGGGGAGGGAGCGAGGGCGGCGCCUGCGUGCUCCUCGGCCGCGCGCCCCGCCUCCCCGGCCCCGCGCGGCGCUCGCGGCUCUCCUCCGCGGCUGCGGCGCCGCCUGCACUCGGCCCGGCGGCGGCGGCGGCGGGCUCCCCUCCCAGGGCGGCCGGGCGCUCCCGCAGCGGGACGACGCGCAGCCUCGGCCCCCGCGCUCGCAGCCUCGCGGCCCCCGCCGCGUCUCCCGCGUCCGGCCGGCGCCGCCGCUUCGCGCGGGGACAUGGUGUAGCGCCGGCCGCCAGCCGCGUCCCCGCCCCCGGAGGAGAGGCCCGGCUCGCGCCCCCCGCGUCCCCGGCCGCCGGCACCAUGAGUGAACAGAGUAUUUGUCAGGCAAGAGCUGCUGUGAUGGUUUAUGAUGAUGCCAACAAGAAGUGGGUGCCAGCUGGUGGCUCAACGGGGUUCAGCAGAGUUCACAUAUAUCACCAUACAGGCAACAACACGUUCAGAGUGGUGGGCAGGAAGAUUCAGGACCAUCAGGUCGUGAUAAACUGUGCCAUUCCUAAAGGGUUGAAGUACAAUCAAGCUACACAGACCUUCCACCAGUGGCGAGACGCCAGACAGGUGUAUGGCCUCAACUUUGGCAGCAAGGAGGAUGCCAAUGUCUUCGCAAGUGCCAUGAUGCAUGCCUUAGAGGUGUUGAAUUCACAGGAAACAGCCCAGAGCAAGGUUGCUGCUACCCAGGACAGCACUAAUUUGCGAUGUAUUUUCUGUGGGCCAACAUUGCCUAGACAAAAUUCACAGCUACCUGCCCAAGUUCAAAAUGGCCCAUCACAAGAAGAAUUGGAAAUUCAAAGAAGGCAGCUGCAAGAACAGCAGCGGCAGAAGGAGCUGGAGCGGGAGCGCGUGGAGCGCGAGCGCGUGGAGCGCGUGGAGCGCGCGGAGCGGGAGCGGCUGGAGCAGGAGCAGCUGGAGCGCGAGCGGCUGGAGCGGGAGCGCGAGCGGCAGGACCGGCUGGAGCGCGAGCGGCUGGAGCGGCUCGACCGCGAGAGGGAGCAGCGGGAGCAGCGCGAGCGGGAGCAGCGCGAGCGGCAGGAGCAGCGGGAACGCGAGCGCGAGCGCGAGCGGGAGCGGGAGCAGCGCGAGCGGCAGGAGCAGCUGGAGCGGCAGGAGCAGCUGGAGUGGGAGCGCGAGCGGGAGCGCCGGCUGUCGGCCGCCGCUCCGCCCUCCGACAGCUCCCCGUAUAGCGCGCCGCUGCCCGAGUAUGCCGGCUGCCAGCCUCCUGCGGCACCUCCUCCAUCCUAUGCUAAAGUCAUCGCAGCUCCAGGGUCAGACGCCAGUCCUGACUAUGCUGUGGUGACCGCUUUGCCACCUACUUGCACGCCCCCCACACCACCUCUUCGGCACUCGGCGACACGUUUUGCAGCAUCUGUAGGCUCAGCCUUCCACCCCGUUCUUCCCCAUUACGCUACGGUUCCUCGUCCUCUGAACAAAAACUCUCGGCCUUCUUCUCCCGUGAACACACCCUCUUCUCAGCCUCCAGCCGCGAAGCCCUGUGCCUGGUCUACUUGCACUGUGUCGCCCCUCCCUCCAUCUCCUCCGGUCAUGAUUAGCAGCCCCCCCGGCAAAGCGACCGGUCCGAGGCCUGUCCUCCCUGUCUGUGUUUCUUCUCCUGUGCCCCCACUGCCUCCGUCACCAACAGCACCCAACGGGCCGCUUGACUCUGUCACGUGUCCGGUGUCUCCGCCGCCUACCUCAGGGCCAGCAGCGCCUCCGCCGCCGCCGCCUUCCCUCGCACCGCGCUCACACUGUGGAUCUCAAGCCUCUCCUCCUCCAAGCACCCCCAUUGCCUCAACUCCCUCCUCCAAGCCUAGUGUUCUCCCUUCUCCCUCUGCAGCUGCCCCUGCGCCUGCCCCUGCGGAGACUCCUCUAAACUCUGUGCUGGGGGACUCCUCUGCUUCUGAGCCAGGCUUGCAGGCAGCCUCUCAGCCGGCCGAGACUCCAGCCCAACAGGGCGGUGUCUUGGGACCACCCGCGCCUCCGCCCCCACCGCCGCUCCCACCCGGCCCCGCCCCGGCCGCCGCAGCACCGCCCCCCCACCCGGGGCCGCCGCCCCCCCCUCCGCUCCCCGCAGCGGGGCCGCCGCCCCCACCGCCCCCGCCCCCCCUUCCCAACCAGGUCCCCCCCCCUCCUCCGCCCCCUCCCGCACCCCCACUCCCCGCAUCUGGAUUUUUUGCGGGAUCAGUGUCUGAAGACAAUCGCCCGUUGACUGGACUUGCCGCUGCGAUUGCCGGAGCAAAACUGAGGAAAGUGUCCCGGGUGGAGGAUGCCUCUUUCCCGAGUGGAGGGAGCACCAUCGGCGCGAACCCGGCCUUGUCCAAAUCAGACACGGGUCGCGGGAACGGACCCCUCCCGUUAGGCGGCAGCGGGCUGAUGGAGGAGAUGAGCGCCCUGCUGGCCAGGAGGAGAAGAAUUGCUGAAAAGGGAUCAACGAUAGACACCGAACAGAAAGAGGACAAACACGAAGACUCCGAGCCCGUCACUUCUAAGGCCUCGUCGACAAGUACACCCGAACCAGCAAGAAAACCUUGGGAAAGAGCGAAUACAGUGAAUGGCAGCAAGUCACCUGUCAUCUCCAGACCAAAAUCUGCACCUUCGUCGCAGCCCAGUGCCAACGGCGUCCAGACAGAGGGGCUAGACUACGACAGGCUGAAGCAGGACAUUUUAGAUGAAAUGAGAAAAGAAUUAACAAAGCUAAAAGAAGAGCUCAUUGAUGCGAUCAGGCAGGAACUGAGCAAGUCCAAUUCUGCGUAGAGAAGCAAGCCCAGGAGAAACAGGACCGUAGCUGGAGGAAGAAAAAAGACCCCUGCAAACAACAGCUGUUAACAACAAGCCCCUACGUUUUGUGAGCCGCGAGAAGAAAGUGGAUACAGAUGGUCGGAAGGAGGAGAGCCGGCCCACUCGUGAGCCUUCAGAUGCUGUUGCUCUGGCGAUCAGCGAUUUCCCUCCAGUUUGCUGCUUUCUUCUGACCUUUUCAACAGGAUGGAAGGGUCGGAUAAGAGUUCCCAUUUAACGGUUAUGCAGAAAACCUUAAGCCCAUCAGGCAGAAUCGCCGUGCAUUGAGAUAUUUUCAUGUCAAGACGAAAUCGCACGUUUUCCACAACCCAUUGCUAAAAUAAAGAGGAGAAAGGCUUAAGAAGUUUGUUUUCAGAGAGUGCUGACGAAGAAUUUAGCAAGUUACGCUAUUGUAUUGUAAAUGUUUCUCUCAGGUUUGUCUUCCUAUCACGUGUGAUAUUCCGUAAUUGAGGUCAGCCCUGUGGAGGUUAAGAUCCUAAAACGUGGAACAAAUGGAAUUGUAUGUGCUUUCAAAGGGCGAUAUUUAUAAGAAAGUGUCCUAAAAAUGAUUUGUCUGGCUUGAGGAAUUUUAGAAUGAUAGGAAGUCUCUCGAGUUAGCCUUCAUGCAAUUUUGUAGAUUACAACAUAAAAUUCAUCCAGAAUUUAAAGAUUUAGAUGCCUUCCUAAAUUGUUAAAAUGCUUUACCAAAUCGAUGACUCCUACAUAACACACACCAGUGGUCAAAUGUAAAACGAUAUAUUGUAGAUUUACUGUAGGUUUUCAACCUUUUUUAGAUUUAUGCAUGUGGACAUUUUUAUAAUGUAAUUACAACCACCACAAAAUUAGCUUUUUUAAUUGCAAACAGUAAUGCAUGUCACACUAAUAUGUAGUGGCCUUUUCAAGGCCUGGUCCCAGGGAAAACAUUUUGUAGAGUGUAGGGGGUGGGAGGAAGGGAAGGAAUAAGUUUUCAUUUAAAGUUAAUUUCUGCAUUGUCUUUUUUUCUCAAUUACCUGCAUGAAUAAUAAUGAAGAAUAUUUUGUGACUCUAAUUGGUAAAUAUGUUAGCAGAACCAAGUACUUAAUCUUUUACAUCAUGUCUUCAGCUGUUCGUAUUUUAGCUUCGGUAAUUUCAACGGUCUGAAACAUGAUUCUGAGCUUCACAUGAAUCACAUCAUGCUGUGGGACUCGAAAACUCGAUCCCUGAAUCUGGCAGUUACUGUGACCUGGGUGCCCUGCAGUCGGACAGGUGUUCAGGUGCAUGUUCUGACCAGGAAAGCUGCUCUUGAAUUGUGUUGUGUGGAAACCUAAGAAGUGGCAAUGUCAGCAGCGACUGAGGUCACAGGCGUCAGUCACGCGGCAGCGGGGACCGGCGAGGGGCUCUGAGUAGUUCUCUGGUGACAGAGUGAGACUUGGGGUAGGAGGACGGGAUUAGAUCCUCUGCUGACCCCGACUCGGGCGCGUGUGCGUGCGUUCGUAAUCCACACCCUUCUCCUGGAAACUCAUGAAGAUUAAAGUAGGGGAGACAUUCUAUAUGUUGCAGUGAUAGAUUUUUUUUUGUUUUGAAAAUUUAGGAAAUCAGAAACGCUCCAGGCUCUCCGUCUUGAUGUAUGCUUCAGUUACGUGCCACACCUGCUUUGAAAUCUUUGAUUAUCUGAAGUUUCACUAAAGUUUUGAAGAAAUAAUCCAUUUUCAUCUGCUUUCUAGAUUUCGUAAUCUCAUUUGGGAAGACGGAGCUUGUCAAUAGCGUAGUUUUCUAAAGGCUGCAGAUUUGCCAUUACCCUUCCAAACGGUGUGAACGAGGGAGGUUUUUCCUGCUUACGGUAGUUCCCGUUUGUGUAGAAACUGCGGUUUGACAUUAAUCUGUGAUGGGUGAGCUGUCCUCACUCAGGUCUGUGGUUGUGUUUCCUGUCCCUCUUCAUGGUCAGGCAGUAGUAAAGGCAUUCAAGAUGCGGCAGGCUUCUGAAGUACUGUUUUCUAGAAGAACUAGGAGGCAUUUUCAUCUUUAUUACUGUGCUUUCGGUUAUGCAGACGCUUCGAUGGUAUAAAUGCUUAUGUCCCCUAUAAAUCUGGUGAGAAAUCACUUGAUUUUGUUGGUUGUUGGUCUCUAGUAGGAUAGGAUGCUGGGUGCACGUGGUCCAAAGUGAGAUAAAAGACUGCAGUAAAACACUAGAUCUCAAAAAGGAACCGGUUUACGCACUAACUGUCUCGUGCCUUUUGGUCUAACAUUAGCAGGAUAUCUGUGUAAAAUGACAGAAAACCAGUGUUGAAUCACGCCAUUUUCCAUCAUUUUGCAUUAUCCCGGAUUGCUAAAUGUGUUCUUUACAAGACGUUUGAUGAAAUCACUGUACACAUCCGCUGUCCUUCGUGACAGUUCUGUCAUCGUUAGAGAUUUCAGUAACUCACACGGGAAGUUCUCAGAGCGAUGUUCCUCGGAACCCCGUCAAAUGAUGGUUUUUGUGCUCUAGUCCACGGGCUGUCUGAAGCUGAGUGCAGUUCAGGGGUCCUUUCUAGUUACAGGAAGGCACUUCUUUCCUCAACACUGUGAUCUGACCCGUGACCAAUCCGUCCUGUGCGCUGUGUCAACGGCCGACGGUCCAUCGCAAACCAACUGAAUGUACACACCUCCCGCCGGUGCCGAGGUCUCUCCGGAACGGCUGUCCCGGUCGCGGUUCGUCCACACUUUGCCAGCGUCAAGUGUCCGUCGGAACCGAGGACGAAACACUAACGAAUGUUGGAUUCUCGUGCUUUAGGUGUGCUUCCUCUUUAGCCUUUUCGGUUCUCUGCCAUUUUUACCGUACUGUUUCAUUUAAAUUUCCUACACGCUAACUUCGUUUGUGUGAUUGAAAUAAACUUGCAGUAUAUAC